GUUGUGGUUUAGUGAGAUUUGAACGCUUCCUGGUUUAACACCCUGUAAUAGUUAUAUUACAUACUGUACUGUACCUGACCUGGAGGCUAUAAGUAGCCUAUUAUACCGUGUUAGAAAUAGCACCAAAUCGGACACCGAAUAGGUAGGUGAGAAUAAAAAAAUACGCCGUAUUUUGAUACACUUGAACCGUACUUUUUUGUUUUCUUGGUUUCUGUAGGCGCUUCGUUCCCCCCUGUCAUCCACUUUUGAUAGAACGCCCCGAGCGUUUUAAUGAUGCGUAACUGACGCGCGGUCAUCAACGGACAUUCUCCCUGAUGUCACUUCUCAACAUGCGGACCACCUGUUUUAUGGCCGUGAUCUUGUGGCUCACAACUGGUUCAUCUCGUUGUCAAACACCAAUUCCCAAUGUUCACGGAGGGUUAGGUGCAGUUCUGGGGGUGUCCAACGCCAGCGUCCUCCUGCAAGAUCCCAGCUCUGAGACACUCUACCUGGGAGCCAGAGGCUCCAUCCUGGCCCUGCACACCUCCAACCUCACCUGGAAACACCCAUCAAUUAAGUGGGAGGCAACAGAAGAGGAGAGGAAGUCCUGUAUGGGGAAAGGCAAGAGAGGGGAUGACUGUUAUAACUACAUCUGUCUGCUGGAGGUUCUGAAGGAUGGAAGGAUCUACGUCUGUGGCUCCUACGCCUACAAUCCCAAGUGUGCUUUCAUUGACCCAGUGACGUUUGUCCUAGUGAAGGAAGGUGGUGACAAAGUGAAGAUGGAGAAUGGGAAGGGGAAGUGUCCUUAUGAUCCCAGACAACCUCACACUGCUGUUACUGCAGAUGGAGUGCUGUACACCGCCUCCCCUUCUAACUUCCUGGGCACGAUGUUUGACAUCACCAGGGCAACAGGUCAAGAGGUGCACGUACAUCAGUCCAUCAACUGGCUCAGUGAUCCAGAGUUUGUGAGUUCGGCCCUGGUCAGGGAGAGUCCUGGAGAUGAUGAUAAAAUCUACUUCUUCUUCACGGAGAACGCCUUAGAGUACGACCUUUACACCAAGGUCAGGGUCACACGGUUGGCCAGAGUCUGCAAGGGAGACGUGGGGGGCUCUAAGACCCUGCAGAAGAGCUGGACCAGUUUCCUGAAGGCUCAGCUGGUGUGUCAGGACCGGGACAGUGGCCAGCACUACACCGUCCUGACCCACGCCUACCCCCUGGAACACCGCCUGGGAGACCCCAGCAGCACACACUUCUACACCCUCUUCACCUACCAGGGGUAA